AUGUUUCAUGGAACAAUCAUAGAAGAGCUAACCAAUCACAGAGAAUGGAGUCACUAUAAUGAAAAUAUAGUAGAAGAUCAAAAAGAUUUUGUUUUUGUGAAGUUCAGUGGCCUUCAUUUAAAAUCUAUGGAAAGUCUUCAAUCUUGUAUCUCUCUUAGAAUAUGCAUCUUCUCAAACAAUUUUAUUACAGAUAUUCGUCCACUUCAGAGUUGUAUGAAAUUAAUCAAACUUGAUCUCCAUGGAAAUCAGAUAAAGAGUCUACCAGAUACCAAAUUUUGGAGUGGACUGAAGAAUCUAAAACUUCUCUAUCUACAUGACAAUGGGUUUGCAAAGUUAAAGAACGUAUGUAUGUUAUCUGCCUGUCCGAGCCUCAUUGCCCUCACUAUGUUUGAUUGUCCAGUAAGCCUUAAAAAAGGAUAUAGACAUGUUCUUGUCAACAGUAUAUGGACUCUGAAAGCAUUGGAUCAUCAUGUAAUUUCUGAUGAAGAAAUAAUUCAAAACUGGCAUCUUCCUGAAAGAUUCAAGACAUAUAACCACCGACUUCUCUUUAAUUUCUGCUCUGCUUUGAAAAAGGGAUCAACCUAUGAAGAUGAAAUUGAUAAUAUCAAAUACAUUAUUUCAAAAAUUAAUGAAAUUCUGGCUCAUAACUCACCAGUUUUGAUUAUUCAAAGAUGGACACGUGGUUUCUUAGUUAGGAAAAAAAUGAGCCACUUGUUCUUGUAUAAAAAACAUGAAAAACCCAUUAGUGAAUGUGAGAAAAGAUGGAUUUACAAGCACAAAGGAUUUGAUGAUAAACUCUUUAAGGAACUCUUUUUUCAGCCUGGAACUAAUAUAACAGAAAAGUUUGCACGUUGGAAACAUAGUAUAUAUUCUCCUGUUGAUUUAAAAUAUUCUACUGAACAGAGAAAACUUGUUUCUUCUAUUUUACAUGAAUUAAAAACAAGAAAACCAAGAUAUCUCAUUCAAAAAGGUCAGAAAGAGGCUGAAGAUGAAACUGAGGAUGAAGAAUUGGAUGUCAGUUUUAGGAUAUCAGUGUUGAAACUACCCAUACAUACUUUAGAUUCAUUGAGAUAUGCUGCACUAUUGAGAGCAAAAGAACAAGAUUAUUUUCCUACAUAUGCCCAGGCAUUUUCUCCUGCUCAUCAAAAACCAGUAGUUAAAAUAAAAGACAUGCUGAUGGAAAAGAGAAUAAGAAGAGAGUUUUUGGCAACACACAGAGCUGGUAUGAAACUCCAAGCACUUUGUGAUGUUGAUAAAUAUUUCUCAGAACAAAAGAAGCAGGAAAGCAGUAAAAAUAAAGUAACAGCUGUAAGCAUGGCACAAAAGGCCCAAGAACGAAUUAGAAUAACUACUAGAGAAAAUUUAAAUAAUAAAAUAUAUGCUACACAUAAACUGACUGCAAGAGAUGAUGAGAUAAUUCAGGAUGGUUUACAACAACUUUAUCAGGAUAGAUCCAGCUACCUUGAGAAAGUUAAAGAGAGAAGAGCUCAGUUCCUGGAAGAAAAAAAACAAAAGGCUAAAGACCGUUUAUUAAUUCAGAACCUAAAUAAUGAGCGCACUCUUUUGACCAGAGGAAUGACUACAAUUGACAGAUUGAAGAGUAAGCAAGCUGCCUUGAAAGAGAAAAGUCUGAUUGUUCAGCAAAAACUGGCAACUGAAAAGUACCAAAGGGAUUUACUUAAACAAAUGAAGGAAAUUAGGGCUCAAGAAAUACAUAAAAGACACUGUGAAGAAAAGUUUGUUAAUGAUAUGAUUGCCUAUCAGAAAGCUUGUGAAAGACUUCAAGAUGCUAGAACAAAAGCUGCAAUUGUGAAAAAGACUUUAGUCACUAAGGUUCCUGAUGUAAUGACAAAGUGA